AUGCCCAUGAUAGGCUUGAAACACGGUGGUGUAGGGUCGCAGAUUGGCCUCGAUGAAUUGGGGGCUAGCGGCGUGGGCAGUGAGUGGCAGUGGGCGGCGAGUGGCGGUGGGCGGCGAGUGGCGGUGGGCGGCGAGUGGCGGUGGGCGGCGAGUGGCGGUGGGCGGCGAGUGGCGGUGGGCGGCGAGUGGCGGUGGACAGCGAGUGGCGGUGGGCGGCGAGUGGCGGGGGGCUCGGCUGCCGCGAUGGAGAGCGAUGCUUGCGUCGAGAAGUUUCUCGUCUACGAGAAUCAAGCAGUGCGUGCCGCCCGCCCGUUGCGGCAAGGCUUGUUGCGCUGCAUGCGCUUGGAGGCAGAAUUAUGCAUGGGAUGGUGUGCGCGGCAUGGUGUGCGCGGCAUGUGCUUCUACAUAGUGCUUGGCAGAGGCAACAACAAGGAUAAGAAGCGGAUUCUCAAGAUCAACCGAUCCGAGCCGUUGGUGCUGGUGGAGGAUCCGACGGUGUACACCGCCUGGCCCUGCUCUGCACUGCUGCAGCAGCUGGCAGAGGGCAAUCGCAGCUCCGGGGGCCUUCGCCUGGUCACCAAGGCCUAUGGCAUCGUUGUUGAGUGGGUGAAGAGCCGUGUAAGGGGUAUGGGAAUGCUGAUGGGGGAGCCUUUGCCUGGUCACCAAGGCUUAUGGCAUCGUAGGGUGUGUGCGCUUCCUAGAGCCCAGGUACCUGAUUCUGGUGUGGCGGUGGCGGCAGGUGGGGUGCAAGAGGGGGCAUGCGGUGUUCCGCAUAGAGGAGAGUCUCGUUCUCACCGUGCCUCACUCCAGCAUGCACACGAGCGUGGCUUCCAGCACCAUGGAGCAGCGGUGAGCAGCGGUGGAGAGCGGUGA